CCUCUCCACGUUCAGUAAUCUGACACCCAAAGGACGGCGCAGAAGGAUGGAACCUUAACUCUGCUGGAAGGACGGAAGGAAGGAGCAGUCCUCCAACGAGCGCGAACGAGAGGGACCGAGCAGCAGCGAAAACUCCGUGCGCAACGAACAACCCCGUGGCUGCGGCAGCGGAGGGGAGCUGGGUGCCCGCGCGUCUCCAAAAUAGCUGGCCGUCCGCCGCAGAUGACCUCAAAGCGACGAGUUUCACUUUCCACAGGCGGAUGGGUGACUUUCCUCGGCGCUUUGUGAGGAGGAGAUGAUGAAGAAUUUCAGCAGCAGUCCCCUUCACAGCAACAGCCAGACUCCCAACCACAUAAGAGAGCGAAACAACCGAAAGUACAGCUUCCUCUCCGCUAUACCGCUGCGAUUCUCCCUGCGAGGUUAUGGUUUCUGCAUGGCUACGCUGUUCCUCUUCUGUUUCGGCUCCCUUUUUUACCAGCUGAACGGAGGACCCCCUCAAAUCCUGCUGGACAUCCGUCAGUAUCUCGGUGAAUCCACAUAUCUGGAUGACCACGGACCCCCUGCUCCAAGAGUGCUCCCGUUCCCCAGCCAGGUGGUUUAUAACCGUGUGGGGAAGUGUGGCAGCCGGACAGUGGUCAUCUUACUGAGGUUACUGGCUGAGAAACACCAGUUCAACCUCGUCUCCUCCGACAUCCACAAUAAAACACGCCUCACGAAACAUGAACAGGUGGAUCUCAUGAAAAACAUCAGUAAUAUCCCCCAGCCAUUCCUCUACACACGGCAUGUUCACUUCCUCAACUUUACCAGGUUCAGGAUAGAGCAGCCCGUCUAUAUCAACAUAAUCCGGGAUCCCAUCAACCGGUUCCUCUCCAACUACUUCUUCCGUCGCUUUGGCGACUGGAGGGGCGAGCAAAACCACCUCAUCCGCACUCCAGGGAUGAAAGAUGAUGAGAGAUACCUGGAUAUCAAUGUGUGCAUUCUAGAGAAUUACCCUGAGUGUUCCAACCCCAGAGUUUUCUACAUCAUCCCCUACUUCUGUGGACAGCAUCCUCAAUGCAGGGAGCCAGGGGUAUGGGCUUUGGAGAGGGCCAAACAGAACGUGCUGGAGAACUACCUCCUUGUGGGUAUCCUGGAGGAGCUGGAGGAUGUUCUACUCCUGUUGGAGAGGCUUUUACCUCAUUACUUUACUGGAGUACUCAACAUUUACAAAAGCCCAGACUACAGGAAGAUGGGGAACAUGACGGGCACAGUGCGUAAACACACACCCACUCUGGAGGCCCUGCAGGUGCUGUACCACCGCAUGCGCUACGAGUAUGAGUUCUACAACUUCAUCCGUGACCAGUUCCACCUCAUGAAGAAAAAAAUUGGCCUCAAGUCUGUCUCCCAACCCCCUGCAUACUCACCUGCUUUCCUACGGGAGCUGGCUCUCCGAACCCCAGAGCCUCUGGAUGAAGAUGAGGAGCUGGACACAGACCUGGAGGAUGCCAACAGCUGGCUAGUCCAUCCCUAAGAGCUGUUUGAUGAACAGGGGAUGUAGCCAAAAAAAAAAAAAAAAAAAAAGCUGAUUGGCUAGAAUUGGCUGGAAAUAGCUAUAGGCAGCCUGAAAGCAAAGGGGGGCGUUCCCCGUCUUUCAGCAAUCCCAAGAAAAGUGAGGUGUGUUUAGGGGUGUGCGGAUCCUGACGCUCGUGUUUUUACGAGCUGUUUUCCAUCUGCAAUAGACUCCUAUCACGACAGGCUCAGCACUAAGGACUAGAGGGUUGAGUUAUGGAAGGACAAAAUGCUCUAUUUAAAAAUUGAUCAAGGACAAUGGGAAAUAAUGUUAAGCUCAUUUUGCUUGACUCAAAUUUUGUUUUAAUUUGAGCUUGUUUUUGGGUUUGUCUCUGUAAAAAAAACAACAAAAAACAACAAAAAAAAACAACCAAAAACCUUUAUUGUUGUAAUCUCCAGGAGAGAUUAGCGCAAGAUGUGGACAGAUAAAUGUGUUGGGAAAUAUUCUAAAUGUUGGUCGCUGGGAUGUUCACUGUAUGAUUGGACUUCAGAGACAUUGCCCAAGAGAGAGGAUCAUGCUUUAAGAAAGGAUUAAUGUCCUAAAAGCUGGAAUGGAAAUGGUAUCCACCAAUAAAAAAAAGUGCCAAAAGUCUUGUAUGUAUAUUAGUUGUCCAGGACUGUUGUAAGUGCCAAACCUCGCUAAGAGUUCCAGUAACUGUGUGAGAGGAACUUCUGUGCACAGCUGGUGCAAUUGUGUGAAAUAGUCAAGUCAGUUGUUAUAGUAUUGGUUUAUAAAAUUUUGUUUAAUUUGUAAAAUAUUACUAGGUAUAAAUGAGGGUUAAACAGUAAGCACUCAAUUAUGAAUUCAAAGAAUUCCAGCUAUGUGUGCGUGAAUGAUUGAGUUUGACCAAACCCGCAGUGUAUUUUAGCAUAGAUUUAUUACUUGGGACAGGUCAUUAGUUGAGAAUAUAGGCUAAUAUAACACAAAAAAGCAUUUAUGGAGCAUAAUAAAUUUAAUCCAAAGUUUAAAAGAUUGAGCUUGCCAAAUACCAGUGUUUCUACUGCGAUGUAUCACAAAACUGUAUGAAAAUACUGCACUUUUCCCGAGAUGACUUUUCCUGAAAUUCUGCAGCAAAAUGAGGGAUUUGGUCACAAAACUGGAUACUAAUUUGCCUUUCAUUUCAAAUAGGAUUAUUUUACUGUUUAAGCGUUCAUUUUGGUCAGUUUUCCCUUUCAGAACAUUAACAUGGAAGUGUGUGAAGUGUUACCAAUCCCAGGUAACACUAAUUUCUAGUUCUCUAGCAGCUAAACAGAGUUCAUGUUUUUUCAUCACUCGUGUACAUAACAAAAUCAUGCAGAGAACAGUAACCAUAAGCUAAUACGUGACUGUCGGCUACGUACUUCACUCUCCCAUCCUAAACUCAAUUGUCUGUACCUUUUCAUUGUCCUGAUUUGUGUUCAGUGUUUCCUUUUUUUGCCAGAUUAAUUUAUUAUUUUGUAUUCAUUUGCAUUCCAGAUAAGGUUCUCAGGAAGGAAAAAAAAAUGUUUAAUAACUUGAUGAUUUCUAUCUUUGGUUUCUGGCGGCUAUGAACCUAUUCUUGGCAUUUUAAGGGUGUCUAGAAUAGGUUUAUAUCAACAGCUGAAUACUGGUUAACAACAAGUAAUACAGUCCAUCAUUUUACAGCCUUCAAAAUAAAUGUCCUCUUACUAUUGCAGCUAAUGUCUCUGCUUUACUUGAAGAUUUACUGAAAAAUGUGUAUUAGGCCAUUUGUGCCCGCAGCUUCAUCCUCAACCUUCUUAAAAUCUCCCAUGUUGCUACACAUAUCAGAUUGGCAGCUACUAGCAAAACAGCCUGCAGACCAUGAUCCAGCACACCACUCUGCUUUUUCCACAGGUGUAGCUCUCUCUUCCCUGCAGCCGCCUGUCCAUCACUCCACCCAACCUCAACUCAUCUUCCUUCUGGCUCUCCAGCUGUGAAAUUACCUUCCCAACUCCAGUCUGGACAAUCCUCUGAUGUAAAAAAAAAAAAAAGAUAACUGUUUCAAGAAAUACAUCAUGUUCCACUCUCACCUGCCUCAGUCCUGUCAUUCAAAAAUGUAUACAUGCUGUAAGGCUCUUAAUGUAGUUUUGGAUGAUCCGUGCUGAGCGGAUACAGUUACCAUAGCAUCGUUUCCUCAAUCCUGGAAUUCCUUGCUCUAGGUUUUCUUGUAUUCCUAGUAAUUCUAUCCGCUU